AUUCUGAUCGCGAGUGUAAUAAGUACUUUUUGUUAUUAUCUAACAAUCGCACACGUACAGGUUAAAUAAGUAGGUUAUGACAAUUAUAUUAAAAAUAUGUACUUGAGAAAAGCGUUUUGCAGUCUUACAAAAACAAAUAGUGUACCUUCUUUAAGGUUUGUAAGACAAAAACGAAAACUAUAUUGCUGUUAUGUAAAUAAAGAUUAUUUUCCUGUGUCAAUUUUAAAUAAUGCGUCGCGAUAUUCGACUGCCAGUCCAUCAAAAUGUUGGAAUUGUGAUUUUAUGUACAAAUCUGAAUUGUUUUGUUCAAAGUGCAAGGUUUUGCAAGAACCGCCCGAAAAUUUGACUUAUUUUGAUAUAAUGGGUAUUCCAAAAAGUUAUGAUGUAACAGUAACAGAAAUUCAAAACAAAUACAAAGAGCUUCAAAAGUUAUUACAUCCUGAUAAAUUUAGUACAAAAUCUGAGAAGGAGAAAGAAAUUUCUGCAUAUUUUUCAUCAUUGGUGAAUAAAGCUUAUACCACACUCUGUCAUCCACUAAAAAGGGGAUUGUACAUGUUAAAGCUACAUGAUAUAAUAAUAUCAGAAGACACAGAUAGUGUGAAUGCAGCAUUUUUAAUGGAGAUUAUGGAGAAAAAUGAGGAAAUAGAUGAGGCAGAUAAUGAUAAAGAAAAAAUAAAACAGUUAAUGCAGGAGAAUGAAAGGACACUAAGUGAUUUAACAAAGGAUGUAGCAGAUGCAUUUCGUAAAGAAGACAUUAAAGAAGCAGAAACUGUUCUUAUAAGAAUGAAGUACUAUUAUACUAUAAAUAAUAGAUUAAAAAAACUUAAACAUGAUUUAGGAAUAAUAGAAUAACCUUUAAUAAUAUAUAAAAUAUUUAUAUUAGUAUAUGUGAAACUUAAUAUAUAAACGUAUAUUUUAAUGUAAAAAGUAU